AUGCAGAUGCUCAAGAUCACCGCAAUUCUGGCUUUCGCUGCCACCUUCGCUGCCGCCGCCCCCAGUGCAAGGCUCAAUGGUGUUGCAAAGCGCCAAACUACUGAAUUUGGCCCAUACCCUGAGGAUGACUACAAUACCAAACGCCAAACUACCGAGUUUGGUCCAUAUCCCGAGGAUGAUUACAACACCAAGCGUCAAACUACUGAAUUUGGCCCAUACCCUGAAGAUGACUAUAACACCAAGAGACAGACCACUGAGUUCGGUCCUUACCCAGAGGACGAUUACAACACCAAGCGCCAGACCACCGAGUUCGGCCCUUACCCCGAGGACGAUUACAACACCAAGAGACAGACCACUGAGUUCGGUCCUUACCCCGAGGACGAUUACAACACCAAGAGACAGACCACUGAGUUCGGUCCUUACCCAGAGGACGAUUACAACACCAAGCGCCAGACCACCGAGUUCGGCCCUUACCCAGAGGAUGACUACAGCAACAAGAAUUAA